UAAAAGUUUCAGUCAUAAUACAAAAUUUUUGUUUUAAAAAAAAUAAUCAAUUUUAUUUUAUGCAAUGUCCGAUCGUCCAGAUCAACCAGAAUGGGGCAUAAAAUUUUCGAAAUGCUUCAUUAUCCCCCAACGUGUUAUUGUGGCCAUCAUGGGAUUCCUGGCCAUUGUGAACGCCUACACAAUGCGAGUUUGUCUCUCGCAGGUCAUCGUGGUGCUGGUGGUACCGAAGAACGUCACGAACCACCAUUCGCAAGCGGUUUGCAAACCAGAGGAAGGAGACUCGGUCACUCAUCGGCCUGGCGGCGACUACGAAUGGUCGGAGAAACUGCAAGGCUUUAUCCUCGGUUCAUUCUACAUCGGAUAUGUUGUGACCCAUAUUCCCGGCGGAAUUUUGGCUGACAAAUUUGGAGGAAAAUGGGUCCUAAGUCUGGGAAUCUUAUUGACGGCUUUGUUUUCCUUUUUGACGCCUACAUGUGUUAAUUUGGGAGGCGCUAAUGCUUUGAUUGCCCUACGUAUCCUGAUGGGCUUUGGCGAGGGCACCACCUUCCCAGCUCUGAGCGUUAUGGUGUCCAACUGGGUUCCAGCAAACGAACGUGGAAAACUGGGAUCUCUGGUCAUGGGCGGAUGCUGCUUGGGCAGCAUAGUCGGAAAUUCAAUAUCUGGUUUGAUCCUCGACAGGUUCCACUGGCCUUGGGUCUUUUAUUUUUUCGGAAUGGCGGCGUGCGUGUGGUUUAUCAUUUUUACACUGCUGUGUUACAGCUACCCCCAUUCCCACCCGUUUAUCAAGCCAUCGGAACGUGAAUAUCUUAUGAACGAGAUUCCCCAACCGAAGCAAAAACCACCGGUUCCGUGGAAAGCGAUCCUCACAAACUUGCCCAUGAUAUCGGUAAUCAUCUGUCAAAUCGGACACGACUGGGGAUUCUUCGUCAUGGUGGCGGACUUGCCCAAGUACAUGGCCAACGUCAUGAGGUUUUCUAUCAAAUCGAAUGGACUGUACUCCUCCAUACCUUACGUUGUUAUGUGGCUAAUGGCGGUUGGCAGUGGAUGUGCUUCCGAUUCAAUAAUCAAAAGCGGAUGCUUGAGCAGGACCAAUACCCGGAAAAUUAUGACUGCCAUUGCUGCUUUCGGCCCGGGUAUUUUCAUGGUGGCUGCAUCUUACGCUGGCUGUAAUCGCCCCUUGGUUGUGAUCCUCUUCACCCUCGCAAUGGGUACUAUGGGCUCCUACUACGCUGGUAUGAAGCUUUCACCCCUGGACAUGAGCCCCAAUUACGCUGGCACCCUGAUGGCCAUGACCAACGGAAUCGCUGCCUGUGCUGGCUUAGUAUCUCCCUACGUAGCGGGCUUGUUGACCCCGAAUGCCAACAUGACUGAAUGGCGCGUUGUGUUCUGGCUGACCCUCGGCAUACUCUCUGCCACAGUUAUUGUAUACCUCAUCUGGGCAUCUGGGGAAAUCCAGCCAUUCGACGAUGGCACCAACUCCAACAAAAAGAAAGAAGAACCAGCCAAAUAAGGGAACUGAAAUUAUUGGAAUUCUUCGUGUUUCGAAAUGCUGGCUCAGACUAGUGCUAGUGAUCGAUAAAGAUCAUUUGUACUUUGCGCCUCAAAUAACUUACUUUUAAAAAUCACUGUGGACGACAGGUGGACGAAUCUUAUGACUUAGUAGUAUUAACCUUAUGACAAAAUUUUCUGUCCACCUCUAUUUGAGAGAUAUUGUUUAAAUACAAUUUUUUUUUAACCAUU